AAAAAAACAAACUGAAGCGGGGACGAGACACGCGACCCAUUGCCAUAGAGAUGCGUGCUCGCGCGUCUGUGGCACACGGUGACGCGCUGGAAGCGAGCGAAAGACCGUAGUGCGCAGGUGCGAGAGAGCGUCUCUAUGGCAACGGGGCACUAACAACUUAUACCAACCGCUACCCCACUAAAAUGACGGAGCAGGGGUUGGAGAAAGUUAAGCAGCCACUCAAACGAGUUUUUAUCAACAACAUAGACUCAUACGCAUCCAGAAACAUUUCAAAGUUUUUGUCUGAGUGUGUUGUCGGGGCACCCGUUGAUCCUGAUGGAGAGGUGGAGGCUGAGGAGGAGGAGGAGGAGGAGGAGGAGGAGGAGGAGGAGAGGAUGAUAUCAACCCACAGCAGAGCAGGAGCUUUUCAGAUUGUUGGAAGUGUUUCUGAUCAGUCUGAUGAGGACAGACCACACGUGUUGGAGGAGUAUUUACACCUGGACAGAGAUGAACUUCUUGCUAAACUGCUGAACUGUGACGUCGUCAUCUACAACAUCAGCCAACAUGCUGAUCAGGUGGAGGAAGCCUCCUGGGCUGUUUCAGCACUUCACAGUGAAAUGGAAAAUUUUUCUGGACCAAAGACGUUCAUCCUCAUCUCCACAGUGAUGACCUGGGCCUGCAGCAAGCCAGUGGAUCCUAGUGAUCCGGAGCUUCCUUUCACUGAUGAGAUUUUCUGGAGACGAAGAGCUCAUCCCAACUUCAAACAGCACAUUGACCUGGAGAAGAGGGUGGUCAAGAUGGGCAAAACUAACAGGACACUGUUUUCGACAUACGUGGUAGCGUCAGGACUUCAGUACGGGAUGGGAGAGCAGGUCUUCCACUUCUUUUUCAAGACAUCAUGGCUGGGACUGGAACAGAAAGUACCUGUCUUUGGAGGUGGCAACAAUAUCGUUCCCACGAUUCACAUCAAUGACCUAGCAAGUGUGAUUCAAAACGUGAUCGAACAUCAGCCCAAGCCAUAUUACCUGCUAGCUGUGGACAAUUCCAACAAUACCAUGGAGGACAUUGUGAAGACAGUUGCCUCUGUACUCGGACCAGGGAAGAUCCAGAAAAAGCCGUUUGAGGAAGCCUUCCUCACACAGGACUUAAGUAUAGUAGAAAUUGAUUCAGUACUGGUCAACCUUCGCAUGGAGGGUGUCUACCUCAAGGAACUGUUCUCUAUCAACUGGCUGUGUGAGUCUGGUUUGGUGGAUAACAUAGAUCUAGUGGUGGAGGAGUACCGGCGGACCAGAGGACUGCUGCCCAUCCGUCUGUGUGUACUGGGUCCUCCUGCAGUGGGGAAAAGCACAGUAUCAAAACAGAUCUCUGAACACUACAAGCUCCAUCACAUUACACUGAAGGAGACCAUCCGUGAAACCAUCACACAGCUAGAAGCUGCUGUGAGGAAUGCUGAUCCAGAUGCAGAGAAUGAGGAGUCAGCAGCAGAGGCUCAGGAGCUGCUCAAGAGCCUGAAGGACAGUAUGGAGCAGAACGGAGGUCUUUUAGAUGACCAGUUGCUGGUGAAGGUGGUGAAGGAUAAGUUGACAUCUAACCCAUGCAGAAACCAGGGUUUUGUUCUGGACGGCUUUCCCAUGACAUAUGAACAAGCUAAUGAGCUCUUCAGUGCUGAAGAACAUGACUCAGAGGAUGGAGUGUCCCAGAUUUCUUCAUAUAGCAAGAAGAUUUUGCCAGAGUUCGUGUUGUGCCUGGAUGCGUCAGACGCCUUCUUGAAGGAUCGGGUGAUGAACCUGCCUGAGAAGCUGGUACAGGAGCACAACUACGAGCAGGAGCAUUUCCUGCAACGCUUGGCCAGAUACAGAGAAAACAGCAUGCGAGAUGAAACUGCUGCCAGCUACUUUGAGGAGCUGGACAUCACCCCUCUGUACCUGGAGAUCACCAGCAGUCAUGAACCUGACAACUUGCUGCUGAUGCAGAAGAUCUGUGACAUGGUGGGCAAGCCCAGGAACUACGGCCCCAGCAGCCGGGAGGUGGAGGAAGGGGAGAGGAGGAGGGCUGAGGAGAAAAUGAGGAAAGAGGCUCAGGAGAGGGCACAAGAGGAGCAGAGGGAGGUGGAGGAGGCCAGACAGAGGGCUGCAUACUGGGAGGAGUGGAGUCAGGCUUUGGAGGAGGUCAGGCAGCAGGAGGAGGAGCUGCUGGAGGCCCAGUCAGUCCCCAUGAGGAACUACCUGAUGGAGCACGUCAUGCCCACACUGACCCAGGGUCUGAUCGAAUGCUGCGUUGCACGACCACAAGACCCCGUGGACUUCCUGGCAGAGUACCUGUUUAAGAACAACCCCUUUGAAUACUGAAGGUCCAGGUCAUUCUUCACAGUUGCACCUACAUUUGAUGCAAACGCAGAACAAAAAA